GGCACAGCUCUCUGCUCCAGCUGUCACAGCUCGGAGACACGGGACAGAGGUGGAGGCCAAGAGAGGCAAGAACCACUGGCAGAGCAGUGAUUGAGAAGUUAAGGAGGCUGAUCCACCGAGGGGGAACGGGAAGGAGGGAGUCCGGCUUGAGAUCGGUGCUGGGUGAGCUGUGUCCUGCCCCCUCCAUGCAGUUUCCCAUGGGCCCCGCCUGCAUCUUCUUGAGGAAGGGCAUUGCUGAGAAACAGCGGGAGCGACCGCUGGGACAGGAUGAGAUCGAAGAGCUCCGGGAAGCAUUUCUUGAGUUUGACAAGGACCGAGACGGGUUCAUCUCUUACAAGGACCUGGGUAAUCUCAUGAGGACGAUGGGUUAUAUGCCCACAGAGAUGGAGCUGACGGAGCUGGGCCAGCAAAUCCGCAUGAACUUGGGCGGUCGGGUGGACUUCGACGACUUCGUGGAGCUGAUGACCCCCAAGUUGCUUGCGGAGACUGCCGGGAUGAUCGGCGUCCAGGAGUUGCGAGAUGCCUUCAAGGAGUUUGAUGCCAACGGAGACGGGGAGAUCACGCUGGGGGAGCUGCAGCAGGCCAUGCAAAGGCUGCUAGGCGAGAAGCUCACGCCCCGCGAGAUCUCCGAGGUCGUCCAGGAAGCCGACAUCAAUGGGGACGGCACCGUGGACUUCGAAGAGUUUGUGAAGAUGAUGUCUCGUUGAGAAGGUUCUGGAAGCCCCGGAUGCUCUGUACCUGUUCAA